CGUAUUUGUUUCGUCUAAAGGGGUGUGGUGGAAGGCGACUUGCUACUCGCGGUCUCUUCCGUUUCCGAGAAGAUCGAUCAGCCGUGUCGCCGUCGGGAUCCAGAGCGAGAAUGCAGGGCGGAUCCGGCGGCAUCGUCUAUGGCGGCCUCAAGUACCAGGCGCGGUGCAUCGCCGACGUGCGCGCCGACACCGGCUCGACCACCUUCCUCGCCGGCACCCUCAGCCUCAAGGAGGAGAACGAGGUGCAUCUGAUCCGGCUGUCGCCGGCGGAGAGCGAGCUGGUGUGCGAUGGCCUCUUCUACCACCCCAACGAGAUCUGGGACCUCAAGUCGUGCCCCUUCGAUCACAGGGUCUUCUCCACAGUCUACACGUCUGGUGAGGGCUAUGGUGCGGCCGUUUGGAAGAUCCCAGAGCUGUACGGGCAGUCCAACUCGCCGCAGCUUGAGCAACUCUUCGCCCUUGAUGGGCAUGCGGGCAAAAUAAGACGUGUGCUCUGGUGGCCAGUUGGAAAGCAUGAUAAGCUAAUUAGCAUUGAUGACAGAAAUAUUUUUCUUUGGAACAUAGACACAUCAAAUAAAUCAGCUAAGUUGAUCUCACAGGGAUCAGCUGACAUGCUUCCAAAUUUGCAAGGUGGAGCUUGGGAUCCACACAACUACAAUUCAGUUGCUGCAAUAUCUGAUUCGUCACUUCACUUAUGGGAUCUCCGUUCUAUGGAAAAAUCAAUUGCAAUUGAACAUGCACAUAUCCGGGAUGUGGAUUAUAACCCCAAGAAGCAAAACAUAAUUGCAACAGCAGAAGAUGAAUUUGGAAUUCGCUUGUGGGAUCUCAGAAUGCUUAAGCAUCCUCUUAAGUAUCUCCCUGGACAUUCACAUUGGACAUGGGCUGUUCGGCACAAUCCUGAGUAUGACGAGCUGAUUCUGAGUGCUGGAACAGAUUCAACUGUCAAUUUGUGGUUGGCUAAAGUUGGCAGCGAUGAUUCUGGAUCUGAAAGCCCUUCUGGUUCACCCAAGAGGCAAGAAGAACCAUUACUCAACUCAUAUACUGACUACGAGGAUAGCAUCUAUGGUAUUGCAUGGAGCUCCCAUGACCCAUCAUUAUUUGCUUCUUUGUCUUAUGAUGGAAGGGUCGUUUUGGAAUCAGUGAAGCCCUACUUGCAGAGAAAAUGAAGCUUGUUGGUCUAUCUUCUGUGCUCAGAGUUGUUUGUUGUGCAUAUAAUUGGUGCCGUGGAGCUUUGCUGUGCCAUACUGUGCUCUGUUAUCAAGCAUUGAUCCCCUUAUACUGAUUACAGCAGCUCCGGAACAAUAGAUAGCCAAGAAUAUUGCAGAAAUCAACUUGGCUGACAUUGUGUCUUCCACCCCGAUGAUUCAGGCCAGCUAUGGUUCCAAAAAAUCUGAUUUAGCUUCAGUUGGAAAGAGUACAGCACAGUCGAGGUUAUCCGCAGUUUUUUCUGUGUGUACUUUCAGAUUUUGUCUACUGGGAUUUCUUUUUCAGUUGCUAGAGACUUGGCAUGUGAAGAUCUGAACAGUGAUAUUAAUAACGGUUGUCAGCUUGUCUGAAGUAUUGCUGCUUAUUUGAUCCUCAAGAUUUUGUAUAUUUGAAAAAAAAAUCCAUUAAAGAUGUUGCAUUAUGUGGUGAAGUAUAAUUGAACUGAAUAUGCAAACCAUUGAGAUUAAAGGCUCAACUUACUCUAAUAACACUUCUGUUUAGCAUUCA